AUGGGAAGUAUAUUUUUGCCACAUUUGCAUUCGGGAUGGCAUGUUGAUCAAGCCAUCUUAUCAGAAGACGAAAGACUAGUAGUUAUAAGAUUUGGAAGAGAUGUGGAUAAAGAUUGUAGACUAAUGGAUGAGAUAUUUUAUAACAUAGCGGAGAAGAUCAAGAAGUUUGCAGUUAUUUAUUUGUGUGAUAUUGAUGAAGUCAAAGAUUUUAAUGAGAUGUAUGAGUUGUAUGAUCCGAUGACAGUUAUGUUUUUUUUUCGAAAUAAGCAUAUGAUGUGUGAUUUUGGGACAGGAAAUAACAACAAAUUGAAUUUUGUUUUAGAGGAUGAAGAAGAAAUGAUAGAUAUUAUUGAGACGAUUUAUAGAGGGGCAAGAAAAGGGAAAGGAUUAGUUUUAAGUCCCAAAGAUUAUUCAACGAGACAAAAGUAUUAA